CGAGGUCUGAGAGUCUGCUGAGGACUUACAGUGUUGCAGUUAACCUUCAGACAGCAGCAACAUUGACACUGGGGUUAGAGGGAUCUGGGAAGACGUUACCACGAUAACCUGUGUUCUUUUGGGCCCAGCACCUAAAAUCAGAAUGGAAGCUCGCACUGAAAAAAAAAAACCAUGUGGGACAAUUUGUCUGAAAUAUCUACUUUUUCUCUUCAACAUUCUUUUCUGGCUGGCAGGAGGGACCGUGCUGGCAGUGGGAGUGUGGACUCUGAUGGAGAAGAGCGACUACAUCAGUUUACUGAACUCCGGCUUCUACUCGGCCUCCGCUUACAUCCUGAUAUUCGCCGGGCUCAUUGUGAUCGUGACGGGGAUUAUUGGUUGCUGUGCCACUCUGAGGGAGAUUAAGAGUCUUUUGAUUGUGUAUUUGGUAUUGUUGCUGUGUAUUUUCCUGCUGGAAAUCACUGCUGGUGUGUUGGCCUACAUUAACUACCAACAGCUGGAUGAGGAGCUGAGACUGAACCUGACGAAGAACAUGCAGCAGAAAUACAAGCAACUGGGAGAAGAAAGUGUCACAGACGCUGUGGACAAGCUUCAUCAAGAGUUUAAGUGCUGUGGCAGUAAUAGCUCUUCUGACUGGAGAGACAGUGUGUGGAUCCAGGCAGAGAAUAAGCGGCUCGUGCCUGACAGCUGCUGUAAAACCCCCACUGACUUCUGCGGCCUUAGGGACCAUCCCUCCAACAUUUAUAAGGUGGAGGGAGGCUGUAUUAUGAAAUUAGAGGAGUUCAUCCUGAGUCAAUUAUAUAUUCUUGGUGCAGUGGGCAUUGGGAUUGCAUUUUUACAGCUUGUGGGAAUGAUGUUUACUUGCUGCCUUUAUCGAAAUUUGAAAGAAUAGCCAAUCAUGUAUUGCCAAAAUGUUUGGUUAGAUACUUAAAUGUCUCCAAUUUAAAAAAAAAA